AGGAUAGUAGUCUAAUUAGCUUAACAUAUUCGCGAGAGAAUAAUAUUUCAUUGAAUUCUAGUAGUGUAGUUCUAGAACAACAUGUUGCUCAUACUAGUAGUCUCGAUUUUGUUUCUAUUUUUAUUUUAUUUUAUAAGAAAAUCAAAGUACUGGGAAAGCAGGGGUGUCCCAGGUCCUAAACCUUUACCUAUUUUGGGAAAUAUAGGAGCUAACCUUAUUGGAAAGAAAAGUACAUACGAAAUUUCUGCAGACAUUUACAAGCAGUAUCCAAAUGAUCCCUUUGUAGGAAUUUUUAGAAUGGGAACGCCUAGCCUCAUUAUAAGAGAUCCGGAAAUAAUAAAAAACGUUCUUGUAAAGGAUUUUAGUCAUUUCGUGAACAACGACAUAUACGUUGACAAGAAGCUCGAUCCUCUUCUUGGUAUGAAUCCUUUUGUACUAAAUGAUGAUGAGUGGAAAAAGACAAGGCAACUUUUAUCACCAGGAUUUGCACCAGCAAAAAUAAAGACGUUAUUUCCAUACAUGGAGAAAGUAGCCAAAAAUUUUGCAAAGUACUUAAAAACGCAUGAAGGUGAAGCGUUGAACCUGAAAGAUUUGUGUGGAAGGUACACCUGCGACACAGUCGCUCUCUCCGCAUUUGCAUUGGAAGGGAAUAGCUUCAAAGACCCCAACGCUCAAUUCCUACAAAUAGUACGAACUUUUGUAACACCCGGAACCUGGCAAGCUUUCAAAUUUGCCAUAAGUUUUUAUGUUCCGUAUUUCAAAAUGAAGUUAAUGCCAAAAUGUUUUGAUGAUGCCGUAAUUAACAUUACUAAAGAAAUUCUAAAGUACAGAAAGGAAAAUAAUGUCAAAAGAAACGAUUACUUCGAAGCAAUAUCUCAGAUACCAAGCGGUUCUUUGGUUGAAAUAGCAGCACAUCUGUCCGGAUUUAUAGUCGAUGGAUAUGAGACUUCUUCGUCGGCAAUGACAUUUAUAUUUUAUGAGUUGGCCAAAAACCCUAAAUGUCAACAGAAGUUGCGAGAGGAAAUAAAUACUGUUUUGGAAAAAAAUAAAGGAGAACUUUCAGUCGAAAUCCUGAAGGACAUGACUUACCUUGAGGCUUGCAUAAAUGAGGGAUUAAGGUUACAUCCACCACUAGCUCAGUUAACUAGAACCUGCAACAAAAGCUAUACCGUCUCAACUAUCAGUCCAGAAUUAAACAAAUUAAGUGUUACAUUGGAACCAGGAUUAUCGCUAAUUUUUCCUCUCCUAGGACUGCAUAUGGAUCCGAAAUAUUUUCCUUCGCCAGAGGAAUUUAUUCCUGAAAGAUUUUUAGACAAAAACGACGCCAACAAAUAUGUUUAUAUGCCCUUCGGUACUGGACUUAGGACAUGUUUAGGGAGUCGACUAGCUUUGCUGCAGUCGAAAGUUGCAUUAGCUACCAUAUUUAAAGAUUUUGAAAUAAGUUUGGAUGAAAAGCUGAAAAAACCAAUGAAGUACGACACGAUGUAUUUCUUAUUGAACCCCAAAGGAGGAGCUUGGAUCAACAGUCGAAAAAUAUCUUAAUAAAAGCAAUAUUAUAUUUUGUAUAUAGUUAAUAAAUAAUAUACCGAAGUCUAUUAUAAAAAUCAAA